CGCGUAGUCCAUAUCUCUGCGUUAGCCGGUCGCAUCCGUCUACCGCACCAACCGGCGCAUGAUAAGAUAUCGUUGUGAUGCCGUUUGGUUCUCCCCGCCCGCGCCAACGGCUGCAUCCGCCAAUUCUGAUACACCUUCGUACCACUGUGACACUUCCAGGAUAAUAAACAGCCCCACCCAGUCCAGACACAUAACCAAGGAUUCCAUCAUUUUGCACCUUCCCCGUAUUUUUCAACCGGUAACUCAACCCCGCAACGGAAUUAUCCACUGCACACACACCGGACACCGAGAAAAACGCCGGCAGCCACUUGAACCAGCCUCUCUCGUUCGCAGUCACCCGUCAAGCAGUCACACUCAACUGCCAACUGUUUGAUUUCCCCAUCAACACAGCACUGCGCGCUCUACAUUGAUUACUCUGUCAUUUUCACAUCUACACCAGCCACCAUCUGGGCAUCAUUUAGAAUAUUAUAACCAGCUGAAUCAAGCCGUCGCUGUUUUUUUUACGGCGCCAUUCCCGUCGGGUUUUUUGACAUAUUGCACCUCAUAAAUUAUCCUAAAAGGACGGUAUCGACAGAGCUUAAAAUCGGGGCGCAUUUGCGGCAAGCGUUCUAAUCACAUCGGAUUACGCCGGAUGUUGACAACCCAAGGAAAUCUGACGCUGACAGUUACUCCAGUCGCGGAGCAAAGCAAACACAGGAUCGGUUGGAGCGUGCGGCGUUUAUUCAAAUCGUCAAGGAUAAAUUCUCCGGGAUAUAUAAGCCGGGAUUUAAAUUCGAUCAAUUUGGAUAUCGACCGUUGGGACAAAUAUUUACACAGCAUUAUGGAUCUCUCGCCGGCCCUAUCCGCGACCGUUAUCCCGGAAUCGCCCGCUGCCAAAUUAGAGAAAGUGAAGGCGCGAUUGGCCGCCGAGCGCGGCAUCAACAAGUACCCGUCGGCGGCCGACACCGCCGCACUGCCGGCCGACAUCUCUCCCCGGCCGGUGAAAUCACGUAAACACCGUCAGCGGAAAGAGCUAAUCCCGCCGGAUGAUGACCACCUGGGGAGCGAUAGCGCCGGUUCCGAGGAAGACGGCGAACGGGAUGAUGCGCUAACGACGAACGGGCAGCGGGAGGCCAGCCCGUCGUUGCUGGGGCGAGUGAUGGGGCAGACGGUGGGCGGGGUCAGUGCGGUGGUGGGAGAUGUGGCGGCGGCGAUCAGCGGCGCGGUGUUCUCGUCGGCGGUGGCCAUGCUGGAGACAUUCGGGGGCCCAGUGGAAUCCUCCGAUGACGAGACAGAGAAGAUCCUCUCCAAACCCUCCAUCCGCCGGCCAGACGAACCGCACCCGGCCGAUGAAGCGGAAAGACGCGCUGAUCCCGAACACGAGCGAGUGGCGGUUGAAUGAGCGGCUGCAAAAAAUGUCGGGUUUGCUGUGGUACUCAACAUAUAUAUUGGCCAUCAACGCCGACGAUGACCCUUGAGUUUUGUUCUUCAAAGGCCGCCUACGGAGAACACUCUAUGUGAAGUGUUGGCAAUGGGAAUUCAGAUUUAAUGGGCUUUGAAUUAAGUUUUAUUUGAGUUUUGCGGAUGUGUGCUGCUGAAACACGUUAAGUUAUUAAUGGUUAUUGGCUUUUGUAUUGGGCUGGAUGUAUUAUCCAUCGUAAUUUAUUUUCGGUAUUAAGUAAUAUAACUAGGGUCGGUGCAAUGUUCGUCAUGGUGUGGCGAUUCUGCUGACACUGAUAUGUCAAUCAAUGCGAGUA